AUGUGCAAGAAGGUAACAGGAACUCUCCUCUACAUCAACCGAUUCAGAGACAGAUUCGACACACCCACAAGGCUUUUGAUAGUCCAGGCUCUUGCACUGAGCAUUAUCAAUUAUUGCUCCCGAAUAUGGGGUGUGGCCAGUAAAACACAGAUUGAAAGAGUGCAGAAACUACAAAACUUUGCAGGUAAAGUAGUCUUGGGUGGCCGCAAAUACGACCAUGUUAGUCCCAUUCUAAAUGAGCUGCAAUGGUUGAGAAUUGACCAGAAAUGUGCCUUUGAUUUAUGUAUUUUAGUUUUUAAAAUAUUAAGACAACAGCUUCCUCACUGGCUGUUUCCACUUCCGAAUGUGAGUGAUGGCCAUGGUUUGGGAACCAGGCAAAGCAACAAUCUAUUAGUUCCUCGAACCUUCACGGACAUUGGAAAAAAGUCAUUUCAUGUAAGAGGACCUCUAUUGUGGAAUAGUUUACCCCAAUCAUUGAAGGAUGUGGAAAGCAUAAUUUCUUUUAAAAAGAAACUCAAAGUCUUCCUACUAAAUAAGUAA